AUGAAGAAUUUUUGUAAUAAAAUCCUACUCAAAUCAUGUGAAAAAGGAAAUCUUAAACUUCUUAAAUAUCUCAUCGAAUGCGGAAUUAAUAAAGAAUCAAAGAAUAAAAAUGGAACUACACCACUCAUUUAUGCAUCAAUUAAUAGCCAUUUUGAAGUUGUUAAAUAUCUCAUUUCUAUUAGAGCUGAUAAAAAAGCAAAGGACAAUAAAGAUAAAACUGCCCUAGAUCUUGCAAAAGAUAACGUAAAAAGCUAUCUUGAAUAUUCAUGA